GUGUCCCGGAAGUGGUCAUAAGCUGGGUCCCGAUGCCGCGAGCGGAAUCUCGGCGCUCCCGGAAGUGGCCCGGAGGCGGCGCGCCAGUCCCGAGCAGUGCUCGCUCCUGCUCGGGGCGCUGCGGCCCCGGGCGUCGCCAUGACCAGCGAGCUGGACAUCUUCGUGGGGAACACGACCCUUAUCGACGAGGACGUGUAUCGCCUCUGGCUCGAUGGUUACUCGGUGACCGACGCGGUGGCCCUGCGGGUGCGCUCGGGAAUCCUGGAGCAGACUGGCGCCACGGCAGCAGUGCUGCAGAGCGACACCAUGGACCAUUACCGCACCUUCCACAUGCUCGAGCGGCUGCUGCAUGCGCCGCCCAAGCUACUGCACCAGCUCAUCUUCCAGAUUCCGCCCUCCCGGCAGGCACUACUCAUCGAGAGGUACUAUGCCUUUGAUGAGGCCUUUGUUCGGGAGGUGCUGGGCAAGAAGCUGUCCAAAGGCACCAAGAAAGAUCUGGAUGACAUCAGCACCAAAACAGGCAUCACCCUCAAGAGCUGCCGGAGACAGUUUGACAACUUUAAACGGGUCUUCAAGGUGGUAGAGGAAAUGCGGGGCUCCCUGGUGGACAAUAUUCAGCAACACUUCCUCCUCUCUGACCGGUUGGCCAGGGACUAUGCAGCCAUCGUCUUCUUUGCUAACAACCGCUUUGAGACAGGGAAGAAAAAACUGCAGUAUCUGAGCUUCGGUGACUUUGCCUUCUGCGCUGAGCUCAUGAUCCAAAACUGGACCCUUGGAGCCGUCGACUCGCAGAUGGAUGACAUGGACAUGGACUUAGACAAGGAAUUUCUCCAGGACUUGAAGGAGCUCAAGGUGCUAGUGGCUGACAAGGACCUUCUGGACCUGCACAAGAGCCUGGUGUGCACUGCUCUCCGGGGAAAGCUGGGCGUCUUCUCUGAGAUGGAAGCCAACUUCAAGAACCUGUCCCGGGGGCUGGUGAACGUGGCCGCCAAGCUGACCCACAAUAAAGAUGUCAGAGACCUGUUUGUGGACCUCGUGGAGAAGUUUGUGGAACCCUGCCGCUCCGACCACUGGCCACUCAGCGACGUGCGGUUCUUCCUGAAUCAGUAUUCAGCGUCUGUCCACUCCCUCGAUGGCUUCCGACACCAGGCCCUCUGGGACCGCUACAUGGGCACCCUCCGCGGCUGCCUCCUGCGCCUGUAUCAUGACUGAGGCGCCUCCCAACGCUCCGCCCACGCUGACAAUAAAGUUGCUCUGAGUUUGGA